AUGGCCGGGGCGGCGGCGGCGGCGGGCGGGGAGCGGCGGGCGGCGCUGACGGCGGUGCGGACCGAGGGCGCGGGGACCCCCGGCCCCGGCAGCGGGACCCCCCCUCCGCCGCCCCCGCCCCGCCGCCGGGGGCUGCUGGCGGGGCCGCGCCCCGGGGCCGCCCCCCGCCCCGCCGGGGCCCCGCGCUGCUGCCGCCGCCGCCUCCAGAACUGCCUCUACAACGUGCUGGAGCGGCCCCGCGGCUGGGCUUUCAUCUACCACGUCUUCAUAUUCCUCCUCGUCUUCAGCUGCCUGGUGCUGUCGGUCUUCUCCACCAUCCAGGAGCACCAGAAACUGGCCAACCAGUGCCUCUUCAUCCUGGAGUUUGUGAUGAUCGUGGUGUUCGGCAUGGAGUACAUCAUCCGCGUGUGGGCCGCCGGCUGCUGCUGCCGCUACCGCGGCUGGCGCGGGCGCUUCCGCUUCGCCAGGAAACCCUUCUGCGUGAUAGAUUUCAUCGUCUUCAUCGCCUCGGUGGCCGUCAUCGCCGCGGGCACGCAGGGCAACAUCUUCGCCACGUCGGCGCUGCGCAGCAUGCGCUUCCUGCAGAUCCUGCGCAUGGUGCGCAUGGACCGCCGCGGCGGCACCUGGAAGCUGCUGGGCUCCGUCGUCUACGCCCACAGCAAGGAGCUCAUCACCGCCUGGUACAUCGGCUUCCUGGUGCUCAUCUUCGCCUCCUUCCUCGUCUACCUGGCCGAGAAGGACGCCAACGUGCAGUUCGCCACCUACGCUGAUUCCCUCUGGUGGGGCACGGUGACCCUGACCACCAUCGGCUACGGGGACAAAGCGCCGCAGACGUGGCUGGGCCGGAUGCUGGCGGCCGGAUUCGCCCUGCUCGGCAUCUCCUUCUUCGCCCUGCCCGCCGGGAUCCUGGGCUCCGGUUUCGCCCUCAAGGUGCAGGAGCAGCAUCGGCAGAAGCACUUUGAGAAGAGGCGGACUCCAGCGGCCAACCUGAUCCAGGCUGCCUGGCGCCUGUACUCCACGGAUGCCAGCCGGGCGUACCUGACGGCCACGUGGUGUUACUACGACAGCCUCCUGCCCGCCUUCAGAGAGCUGGUCCUUAUGUUUGAGCAUUUGCACCGGGUCGGCAACGGAGGAUUUAGGAAUUCAGAGGUGAAAAAAUGGCCUGACAGAGCCCCACCACCCUAUCACUGCUUCACCCCUGCCCAGAAAAGCUUCAGCCUGGCCGUGUGUUCAGGGGAAAGCAACAAGAUGGGCAUCAAGGAGCGGAUCCGGCUGAGCAGCUCGCAGCGCCAGGGCAGCCGCGGCCGGCAGCAGCACCUGGGGCCGCCCCUGCACCGCUCCCCCAGCACCGAGGACGUCGCCGAAGCCUCCAGCCCCACCAAGGUGCAGAAAAGCUGGAGCUUCAACGACCGCACCCGAUUCCGAGCGUCGCUGAGGCUCAAGCCGCGGACCCCCACUGAGGCCGACUGCCCGCCGGAGGACAGUGGCGAGGAGAGGAACUCCCCCUGCGACCUGACCUUCGAGGACGUCAUGCCGGCAGUGAAGACCCUGAUCCGGGCUGUCAGGAUCCUGAAGUUCCUGGUGGCCAAGAGGAAGUUCAAGGAGACCUUGCGUCCCUACGACGUCAAGGAUGUCAUCGAGCAGUACUCGGCCGGACACCUGGACAUGCUGGGCAGGAUCAAGAGCCUGCAGACGCGAGUGGACCAGAUCGUGGGCAGGGAUCGGGCGCUCCCCGCGGACAAGAAGGUUCGGGAGAAGGGGGAGAAGCCGGCGCUGGAGGCGGAGCUGGUGGACGAGCUCAGCAUGAUGGGGCGCGUGGUCAAAGUGGAGCGGCAGGUGCAAUCCAUCGAGCACAAGCUGGACCUGCUGCUCGGCCUCUACUCGCAGUGCCUCCGCAAGGGCUCCACCAACUCCUUCAGCCUGGCCGCAGUGCGGGCGCCGCCCGGCGAGCCCGACAUCACCUCGGACUACCACAGCCCCGCGGAGCACGAGGACAUCUCGGUGUCCGCACAGACCCUCAGCAUCUCCAGGUCGGCCAGCGCCAACAUGGACUGAGCAGGAGGCAGCGGGAUGGACCCGGCCCGCCGGGGAUGGGGCGCUGGGGGAGGCGUGGCAUUGUCCCCUCGCUGUCCCCUCGCUGUCCCUCGCCGUGUUACUUGAACCGAGUCUUCCUCUGCGGGGACACGGCUGCAGCGGGGUGCCUGUGGCACUGUGGCAUGGCCAGCCCAGGCUCCUGGGAUGUUCCUGGGACGCUCCUGAGGAUGUUCCUGGGGAUAUUCCUGGGAUGUUCUGUGGAUGUUCCUGGGGAUGUUCCUGGGGUGCUCCUGGGAUGCUCCUGGGACAUUCCUGGAAAGCUCCUGGAAUGUUCCUGAGAUGUUCCUGGGGUGCUCCUGGGAUGCUCCUGGCUUCCUGUAGGAUGACACCCCGCCCAGCUCUGGGGUCCCGGGUGCUCCCCAGCUGCGGUGGGGAUGCUCCAGGCUGGCCCCAUCCCCUGGGGUUUGGUUUGAACCCCAUCCCCAGCUCUCAGGACAGGUCCUGCCUGGUCCCCCAGAGCUGAGCCGGGGCCACCACCAGCUAUGCAAGGUCCCAUCUCCCUCUUGCUGCCAGUGCAGGGGUGUGGGUGGGCGCACGACCCAGGGUGGUUUUACCCGUGUCACUGGGGGUCCUCAGUGUGGGGAGCAGGGGAAUGUCCCCCCUCCCCAGGCUGCACCUCUCCAGAAGCACAGCAGAGCCUUCUGCCUGCCCGUGCAUGCUCCCAGGGCAAUAUAUAUAUAGAUUAUAUAUAUAUAUAUAUUUAUGCAAUAAUGUCUUAAUAUGCAACACCCCUGGGAAGAGCAACCCGAGGGGCCAUAGGCAAUAAGCAACCCCCUGCCAGCUCCCAGGGCUGGACUGUGCUGCCCAGGAGGGCCCUGGAGGCCCUGAGGGCUCAGGGCCGGGGGGAAAUCUCCACCCGAGGGUGGCCCUGGAGCCAGGAAGCUGAGCAGGGGCUGUGGGGACAGACGCUGUCCCCAAGGAGCGUCCCUCCCCCUGUGUCCCAUCCCCUGCUCCUGCUUAGAGGAUUCCCUCCCGGCUGGGUCCUGCGGUGCUCAGUUUGUCCCUGUCCCCUCUGUGGUCCGGGCAGCACGAGCCGGGCCUGGAGGGGACCUGCCACAGGGUGGUGUCCUUGCAUGUCGCCUACAGCAGAGCCACGACAGCUCCCGCGCUGCCCCAGUCCCCUGCACUGCCCCGCUCCCAGUCCAGCAAGGCUGGGGCUGUGCCAAAGUGCCCACCCGGGGCUCCAGGGGGGCUCGGUGGUCACCCCACAGUGCCAGGAUCUGUCCUGGGCUGCUCUCCCCGCUCCCCCUCUCUGGCCUUGGCACCGUGGGAUUCGCACUCCGUCCUCCCGUCCCUCUGCUGCGGGCACCGGGGACUCCCGACCCUGCUCGUUCCCUCGCCCCGUUAGUGCAUGUGGCCAGCGCGGGUCGUGCCAGGGCUGCUUGAACCCCCCCACCCUGCUCCUGCCCUCGCCCCGGGGGUGCCCGGGCGGUGCCACACCAGGGGACAGCGCUGGGCGGGUGGCCGUGGAGCGAGGUGCAUGUGACAGCUUUGCCCGCAGCCGCACGCAGGAAUUAACCCUUAGAACCCACCCCCCCUCCCGGGGCUGGCUGGUCCCCGCAGACCCCCCCGAGCCAGCGGUAGUUACCUCACUUGAUUAACUUAUUAACUUAUUUGUUUCAUUAAAAUUUGGAGUAGAGGC